ACAUUGGUGCGCAUCGCACACGGCACACCCGAAGCAAUCUCCACUCCUCCGCCACCGCCGCCGCCGCACGCCACGCGCCGUCCCGUAUACCCGGCCGAGCUAAGAUGGACAGGCGCAAUCUUCAGAGGCGGGUCAAGAUGAGCGAAGGGCAAACGGAAUCCCAGAACGACGACGCACAAGGCACGAGGAUGCGGCCGUCGGGGAGCAACGUCACCGAGGAUCAGGAGCCGUUCAUGGGAGUCAAGGUCCGCCGGAAAACCUCGUUCCGCCGUGAGUUCAAGGGCGACUACAUCGACGUCCGGUCCAAUCAGUACUUGAUGAAAAUCUUGGAGAAACAAGGUGACAAGGAGGUUUUGUUUGCUGAUAAAGUGUUGAAAUUCACUAGUACUGGGAAGAUGAAGCGUCGCAUUUUGAUGAUCACUGACUUUGCUAUCUACAUUGUUGAUCCUGAGGCCGACGCCCUGAAGCGGAGGAUUGCGCUUGCCGCGGUGGAGAAGAUGUGCUUGAGUGAACUGAGUGAUAACUUUUUCGUAGUGGUUAUUCCCACGGAGUAUGAUUUGCUCAUGGCCAGUACUCGCAAGACGGAAAUCGUAACUGUCCUGGAUGAGGCUACUAAGAGUUCUUCUGAUUACGGAAUUGAAGUCUGUUUCGGUAACAGCUUUGAGUAUAAUGCAGGCGCAGAAUUGGUGAAAGAGGUUCAGUUUGAAGAAGUUGAAGGAGGUGUUAAAACUAGAAUUCUGAGGAAGUGAUUGCAGGGCCAGCAAAGGUUCUAGGUUUUUAGACUCUGCUGGGGAUCCAUUCUGAACUUUGUAAAGAUGAAUCAUUCUUCAUCUGUUGCAUGCCAAGGUUCUGCUCAGUAUCAAGUCCAACCUGACAGGAACUAUGGUCUUUUAUCCUCAUUUGUGUGUGAUUCUUAUACUGAAAAGGUAGAUGUUGUUUUAGACUUUUAGCCAGUUUGAUCUGGAUGUAUGAAAUCAUGGAUAUGUCUCUGAACAUGAAUAUUCUUCAAAAUCGAUCAAGGAUUGUUUGUAAUUGCAGACACUGCCUGUUCUGCACAUUUUUUUGUUCUCUUUUCAAUUCCUUGUGAGUACUGUUAUGUAGGCAUGUAGCACUACAAGACUUUUAA